AGAGACGACGUCAACCACCUCCGCCACCAUGUCUGCCCUUCAACUCCUGUUCGUGUUCGCAGUCGCAUUCACCGCUGACGCCGCAUCACUGGAAUCCUAUGGCGUCUCGUGUCCGAAGAACGACCCACAACUCGACACGUGUUUUGCGAACGCAGUGGAGAAAAUGCGGCAGCAUCUCAUUGAAGGGAUUCCUGACCUGGGGGUGCCAGCAAUUGACCCAUUCGAACUGGCUGAGGUAAAAGUCGAUCCACUUUUCGGCGAUUGGAUUAAAAUACUACUAAAAAACAUCAGGGCUGAUGGCGCUGGGAAGUUCACAACCGAAAAUUUGAAGGUCAAUUUUAAGGACAACGAAUUUCGUGGAGAAGUACAUAUUCCUUUUUUAGCGUUUGAGGGAGAUUACAACGUGGACGCCACCGUCUUGAAUCUCUCCUUGAAAGGAAACGGAGAUGUAAAAGGAAAUACAACUGAGAACUGUGCAGAUUUUGUACUCAAAGGGGAUCUGGAGAAAAGAGAUGGAGGGAGGUACUUCAAUUUCAAACAACUGAAGAUUAAGCUCAUAGUGAAGCAGUUGAAAGCUAGUGUUAAUGGGCUCAUCAAUGGUGAACUAGUAAUUGGUGACGCUGUUCGUGACACCACUGGGCAUCAGCUGGACUUAUGGAAGUUCAUCAAGGAAACCAUCGAACAAACGCUAUCAGAAGUUGCACUAGAAGUGAUCAACAGCGUAGCCAAACAAAUCAACGUCGAUGAACUGUUCCCUUAGUGAACUAACGAACUCUUUUUCUUGGUUGUGAUAUUUAAAAUAUCUCUAAAGUUAGUAGUCC